GAGUGAACAAACCAUCUUCGCAGUCACUCGAUCACAUUUUAAUUUGUAUAAACCCCUUCUUUCGAUCCCACUGUAGAUACCAAUCUCUGUGAUAGAACCCACCUGGUUCAAUUUUUUGUGUAAGUAUUGUGUUGUUGGUGUUUUCAUUGCUGCGUUGAGAUAGAGGUGCUGUAGUCGAGCGUGAAGAGAAGGUUCAGAGUUUAGCGAUCUUUUUGUAAGAAUGGCAGGAGCUGGAAAGAUGAGUUACGCCGAUAUGGCAAAGACCAAAGGCAAUGACGCUAAGGAAUCCGUCGACGAUGGCAAGCAUGAGGCCAAUGCGGCAGCUCACGAUGCGGAGGAUGUUGCAUCUGCCUUCGGCAAGGGUGCGAAGGAUACCGCGCAAACGACUGCUGAGAACGUUAAGAACUUGGGCGGUGAUGCAGCCGACGCAGCCAAGAACAAGGCUGAGGAUGUGAAGGAAGGUGCGGAAAAAAAGGGCGAGCAAGCGAAGGAGAAGGCUCCUGAUACAAAGGAUGCCGCAAAGGACACUUCUGGAUCCGCCAAGAGCAAGACUGGAACAGUAACUGAGUCGGAGUCUGAUAUUACGAAGAAAAUUGACACUGAUGUCUUCGGGACCGACGAGUUCCCCGCAACUGGUGAAGCAGAGUCUCACAAAGAUGCGUCGCACAUGCGAGACGAGAAGAAACCUUCGCACAAAGAAUCUUCGAAUGAAGAGUCUCACCACGACGUGUCGCACAAGCGCGACGCAAAGAAAACUUCACACAAGGAGUCUUCGAAGGAGGACAAAUCUGCCCAUGGCCCAGACGGUUCUGACAUUACCAAGGAAAUUGAUAGCGAUGUUUUGAGGACUGAGGAGUUUCCGGCAACUGGUGAACGCCCCAAAGGUUUUUACGGGGGUGAGUCUCGCAGGGAUGAGUCUCACAAGGAUGAGUCUGAAGGCGGCGAUGUGAAGAACUUCGAGGGUUCAGAGUUUGACGUUUCUACCAAGCGCGAGGAUUCCACACACGAGCAUUCGAAGCACGAAGACAAGAGCGAUGAUUCUAAGCCCACGACACACAGGCAAGUUUCUGGAACAUCGGUGGCUGACAUUGUUAAGAGAAUUGACGCUGAUGCACUGAGGACUGACAAGUUCCCAGCAAUCGGUGAACGAUCUUCCAGGAGGCAUGAGUCAACGUCUCACCACGAGAGCAAACCCGAGUUUCACCACGAGCGCAAGUCAGAGUCUCACCAUGAGCGCAAAUCAGAGUCUCACCAUGAGCGCAAAUCAGAGUCUCACCACGAGAGCAAGUCAGAGCCUCACCACGAGAGGAGGCCUGGUGUGAAGACAGCGGAUGAGGAAGUAGAGGAUGCGUUGCGCGCCGCGCGAGGCGAAUCGACCGAUGUUACAGACAGAGCAGCUGAUAAGGCAAAGGAAACGAAAGACGCAGCGGCUGACAAGGCACACCAAACUAAGGACGCUGUAGCGGACACAGCCCAGAGAGCUGUGGACAACAUGGGCGAUGCAAAGGAAGACAUCAAGGGCGCCGCGGUAGAUGCUAAGGACACCGUGAAGAACACAGCAGGAGACAUCAAAAACGAAGCAGACAAUUCAGCGAGCGCACACCAGCCCAAGGUAGGCGAAGCCAAGGAAGACGCAGGUCACAAAUGGGACCACACCAAGAACAAAGCCGGCGAACUCGCAGGAUCUGUGCAGGAAUCUGCAGGAGCAGCAGGAAAUGUGGUGAGGGAGAAAGCAGAGCAGGUGAGGGACUCAGUCAGCAGUGCUUUGGGAGCUUCGAAAGAGAAGGCCAACGAAGCCAGUGAACACAUCCAAGACAAAGCUGCUGAUUCUCAAAGGGCCGCAUCUGCAAGGCAAGAUGCGGCUGCAGCUCGUGGUGAGUACACAGCUGACAGCGAGUGGAAGAGCAGGGCUGAUGCAGCAAAAGACAAGGUUGAUGAGGCCAAGAGCAAUGCUAAUGAAGCUUAUGGGAAAGCUGCAAAUGACACCAAAACUGAUGUGUACCCCAAGGCUCAGGAAACCGAGGAAGCGAAAGGCAUUUUGGGUGCUGUUACGAACAUCCUCGGUGAGGCUUCCAUGGUCAUUCAGGACACUGUGAACGCUCCUGGAGAGAGAAUUAGCGACGAGUAGAACAACAGACAAUCUGAUGCUGUUGCUGUGAUUUGUGAUUCUGCUUUGUGGAUAUGAGUUGCCGUUAGAUUGGUACCUGAUGAUAUCAUCACAUUUAGCUCUCGAUUUUAGCUUCAUGGGGUCUCUGGGUUGUGCUUUUGUGAGCUUGGAGAUCAACGGCGACCACAUCACAGCUUGAUGUUUCUAUAAUAAGAGCGUAGUUUUCUCUCGAUUGGAUUAGGUUUUUGAGACUGUAAUCAAACUUGAAUCCGGAGUUUCUUUUGUAUUCAAUGAUACUGUAAUAUUAACAGCCGGUUUCGUGUUGAA